GAUCAUAUCAGUCAGAGUUUAGGUGACUGAACGACGCUGAAUCAACUUGGAAGAUGAAUUUUACCAUUGUAUUGUCUAUGCUGCUAUACUGCAGCCUGAUUUUGGCCCAGGAUGAUGUUAAUGUUCCUGAAACAGAAAGAACUAAUGAAACACAGUCAUGCUUUCCAGACAUGUGUGAAUUCCUGAAAGAGUUUGGUGCCAUGACAGAAAAACAGAGAGUUAUGGAAACCAGACUGAAGAACGGUGAAACCAGACUGAAGGACGCUGAAACCAGACUGAAGGACAGUGAAACCAGACUGAAGGACAGUGAAACCAGACUGAAGGACAGUGAAACCAGACUGAAGGACAGUGAAACCAGACUGAUGGACAGUGAAACCAGACUGAAGGAAAGUGAAAACCAGAUUCUUGAACUGAAGAGCAAAGAAAAGACCGUGGUAGUGUUCAGUGCAGCAGCAGGUGGGAGUGGACACAUUGGACCCUUUAAUACAGAUACAACUGUAGUCUACAAAGUAGUUAAAACAAACAUUGGCAAUGCCUACAGUCAAUUCACUGGUACCUUCGCUGCACCUGUUCCAGGCAUUUACUACUUCACCUUCUUUUAUCAUGCUGGAGGAUCUCAGAGAGUAUCUCUAACCCUCAUAAAGAACAACGAGAGUGUUGUGACGACCUAUGACCACACUACAUCGCAUGACGGGGCUGAUAACGGUGGCAAUGCAGUGUUCUUGCAGCUGCAGCAAGGGGACCAGGUGUAUGUGCGCUUAGGUGCAAAUACACAUGUUUGGGGAGACAAUUUCAUUACCACCUUCAGUGGUUUUCUGGUCAGUCAGGUUUGAACAGUGAAUUAAAGAUAUGAUUUAUUUGUCAUCACAGUUUUAAAAUGCCUUUAACCGAAGAGAAUUCAAAAUGCUAUGUUCACUUUUAAUUGAUUCCUGUUUAUUACAGCUGCUUUAAAUGAUUGCAUUGCAAUUUUCUAACAAACCUUAAAGGACACAAUAAACAGCACCCUCUUCACUUCAGUUAAUACAUUGCAUUUAAAACAUAAAAGCAAAUAUCCAAAACACCCAAUAAAAAGAACAGAGACACAGGA